ACGCCUACUCAUGCUUGCGAGUGCCAGCGGUUCAUUCGUGCGUAAAAAACUGGAGUGCCUCGCCGGUUGGGGGGGGAGGAGACGUGUUUCCAGUUAAUUUUUGCAGGUUACUCUUGUUGUAAUUAGCCGUCAUACUGCUAGAGUAGCUUCAGAGAGCGUUUUCGUCGGUACUUAGGGUUGUACAUAACGGCGGUGUGGCGCAGCACUGUAAACGCUGAGCUUAGGAUUUGUCACCUUGCAGCAGCUGCUGGUUUACUUGUGUCUCGAGGAGAGUGGAGUCGCUUGGCAGUUGCCGAAGGAAAACAGGCAGUUGCUAACAAGUACUUAGCAAGUCAGCCAGUUAGCCGGCUCUCCCUACUGUCACAGCAAGUCCCACCCUCAUCAAGUGCGUGGACGUUGUAAGAGGCUGCAGCGGUGCUUUUUUCCUCUUAACUUAGCCAGCAUCGGUGUACAGCUGGCUGGCAAGCUAAAAUAGCAGUCUAAACGUUAGCUAGGUGACGCUAACGUAAAAUUGUGGGCUUUACGUUGUACAAGUGUCUUCUGUGGAGGGAUACGGUCGCUACACUGGCAAAGAGACUGGCUAGAAAGAAGAGGCGAAAUAAGGGAGAACAAGGAAGACACCGAGAAGGAGGGGACUGGCUAUUUUAGCCGGGGAGACAGAAUCGCACAUAGAUAGCAAACACUGCCACCAAGCCACACACAGCCAUGAGUAUUGAGAUACCGGUGGGGUUGACAGAACUGCUGCAGGGCUACACUGUGGAGGUGCUGCGACAAAGGCCGUCAGACCUGGUGGAUUUUGCAGUACAGUACUUCACCCGUUUGCGGGACACCAGAAAUCAGGAUGGGGCCAGCGCUGGUGGCAAGACGGGGAAAGGAGUGAUGUUUGAUGGGGAGCCGAUGCAAACAGAGUCCAAUGGAGAUGAUGAUGAAGAUGAUGAUUCUGACUUUGAACCUCCACCACCCAGCAGAUUCAAUAGGAGAGUGUCAGUGUGUGCGGAGGCGUUCAACCCAGAUGAGGACGAUGAGGACACGGAGCCCAGAGUGGUUCAUCCAAAAACAGAUGAACAGCGCUGCAGACUGCAGGAGGCUUGCCGAGACAUCCUACUGUUCAAAACACUAGAUCAGGAGCAAUUCUCAGAGGUGCUGGACGCCAUGUUUGAGUUACGGGUUCAGCCCCAGGAGCACGUCAUCGAUCAGGGAGACGAUGGAGACAACUUCUACGUCAUAGAGAGGGGUGUGUAUGACAUAGUGGUAUCGGGAACAUGCGUGGGCCAGUAUGACAAUAAGGGCAGCUUCGGGGAGCUGGCACUCAUGUACAACACGCCACGUGCCGCCACCAUCAUCGCCACCCAGGAGGGGGCACUAUGGGGACUGGAUCGUGCCACAUUUCGUAGACUCAUCGUGAAGAACAAUGCCAAGAAGAGGAGGAUGUACGAGUCGUUCAUUGAGUCUGUGCCCUUACUCAAAUCGCUGGAGGCAACAGAGAGGAUGAAGAUAGUGGAUGUAUUAGGAGCGAAGCAGUUCUCAGAUGUUGAGCGCAUCAUCACACAGGGAGACAAGGCUGACUGCUUUUACAUAGUAGAAUCUGGGGAGGUCAAGAUCAUGAUGAAGAGUAAAACGAAGGCAGACCAUGCAGACAAUGCGGAGGUGGAGAUAGCACGCUGUAGCAGGGGUCAGUACUUUGGAGAACUGGCCCUGGUCACUAACAAGCCCCGGGCCGCCUCGGCCUAUGCAGUCGGCAAUGUCAAGUGUUUGGUAAUAGACAUCCAGGCGUUUGAGCGCCUCCUGGGCUCCUGUAAGGAGAUCAUGAAGAGAAACAUUGCCCACUACGAGGAGCAGCUGGUGGCCCUCUUUGGCUCCAGCAUGGACCUGAGAGACUGAGCCUCCCACACCACCCUCUGUGCCUUCUAUUUUACACACACACACACACACACACACACACCAAACACACACACACACACACACACACACACACACACACACACACACACACACACACACACGUCCUCUCUCACAUCAUGCAGUGGCUAUACAGACUCAUAAUAAGCUUUACACAGCCUUGCAAACACAUAAAUACUUACACAGUAUGAACACACCCUCUCUCACACACACACACACACGUUUACACUGACACCUGUAUAGGCACUGAGAGACGUCCACUUCACUUAGUCUGCUCACCCUCGUGCACAUACUAACUCAACAUUCACAAUAAGCUCACUUUGGAAACACGCACACACACAUAAAGCUAACUAAAGGCCACAUACCUUGUUGCUUGAGCCAGCUUCAACCUCUCAGUAUGAAUGUCUUUGCUGCAGUAACCUUAUACAGGUAAAGCAGUGUAAGGACAUAAAGCACACACACACACACACACACAGACUCCUUACACGUUUAAAAACACAUCAUCAUGCUUCAUACGUGCAGGCUUUGCAUUCACAUGAGCACUUAAACAACUCAAAGUUGUUCCAGCAAGCCUCAGCCAAGGACAGAUUUAUGCACACACACACACACACGAACACACACACACACACACACACACAGGUACAGAUAUUCUCAAAACACAUAGGCAACGACACUUGCAAAAACGGACACAUUGUGGUAAAAUGGAGACAAAAAACUUUAAAAAUCUCUGAAAAGGAAAACGAAUCAAAAAUGCAAAAAAAAAACAAUUUAAAGAAGACAGAAGUUUUAGAAACAUUUUAUGAAGAUUAAAAAACAGAAGCUUUGAUAAAAUAUUAUUUAAAUAAAAAAAGUGUUUCCUCUUCGGGAGGCUGGGGUGCAGAACUUUGUGAGCACGCUCCAUUUCUUCCUCUACUGUUGUUGAUUGAGUUGAGUUGAGUUAGUGCUGGUGAUUAUUGCAGUACCACAGAAGAAGCAGUGAAAACAAUAACAACCCUGCAUUUUCUGGGCUAUUGUUAUUCUAUCAUUGACACCACACUUCAUUGUAUUGAAUUAAUUAUUAAUGUAUUGUUAUUAUAUAUUCAUUUAUUAUUUUUUGUUUUGCUUUGACCAAUCCUGAUAAAAUUCACCAUCCAUCUCUGACAAAAUGUAAAAACAGAAAAAAAAAUUCUAAUAAAAACAAUAGUGCUUAUUUCUCCUUGAUUAUCCUUGAAUGAGUUGUCCUGGAUAAAAAAAAAACUGAAAAAAUAAA